UGUCCUAUUCUUUUUUUUUGUCCUUUUUUUUGUUUUUGUUUUUGUUUUUUUUUUCUUCUUUUUUUUUUUCUUCCCACUUCUUUGAUUAUUGUUUGUAUUUGGGAAAGCUGACGAGCAUGGUCUUAAGCCUUUUCCUGAAUCAAGUUUUCCUAGCAUGCGAUGGUUCUCUAGACAAGGCGCUGUGUCUGGGAGUCCGCGGUAGCUGUGCCCGCUGCGAGCGGCUCCCAAGUCCAGCAAAAUGUGCAACUGGUUUUAUGGAAAAAGCGUUGUGAAGUAUGAUGCCUAUUUUUUUCCCUUUGUAAAGAUAAGAAAGCAUGUUUCUAACUCUUUUUUACAUACUCUUUUUCCGAUUACAUUUUUGUGUAGGUGGGAUUUUACAGCAGUAUUCACUCACAAGUUUGUCGUCUUGCAAUUCGGUGCGCACCACUGAGCAAAGACAUUAAUUUUGCAUUUUUAUGACCUUUUUGGAAGCCUGUGAGAAAUAUUUCGUUUUUUCCCCUCCUGUUUUUGAUAUCAGUUGAUAACAUGAAACUUUUCUUGCAGCUAGUUAAUGGGAUUAUUUUUAAGCAAAUGCUUUUUUCCUCCUUUACAUUAACUAUGACUUUUGCACAUUUGACUUUUUUAUUUAAAAAAACCGAGAUAAUUUUAUGAUAGAUAUCCUGAUAUCUAUAUCUAUAUUAUCCCUUCUUCCUCCUUCUCCCCUCCCCGUAAAUCAAUUUUCAAAUGAUGGCAGUGGAAGGUUUUUCUGGAAAAAAAAAAAAAAAUGAAGUGCGGUUUGGUUUCCUUGUCAACGGAGGAUGAAGUGAACAGCACAACAGCUCGCAGAGAGCAGGAUUAAAACAAGGUGAGCCAACCAUGACGGGCAAAACACAGACCAGCAAUGUUACCAAUAAGAAUGACCCCAAGUCCAUCAACUCCAGGGUUUUCAUCGGCAAUUUAAAUACAGCCAUCGUCAAAAAAGUGGACAUUGAAGCUAUUUUUUCCAAGUAUGGGAAAAUCGUUGGCUGCUCCGUUCACAAAGGGUAUGCUUUCGUCCAGUACAUGAGUGAGCGCCAUGCAAGAGCUGCGGUGGCUGGAGAAAAUGCCAGGGUCAUCGCAGGCCAGCCUCUUGAUAUUAACAUGGCAGGGGAACCCAAACCAUACAGACCAAAGCCUGGAAACAAGAGGCCACUGUCUGCUCUUUACAGUGGUUAUGUCUUUGACUAUGAUUACUACAGAGAUGAUUUCUACAAUCGGCUGUUUGAUUACCAUGGACGUGUGCCUCCACCUCCUCGCGCUGUCAUCCCACUGAAGCGUCCCAGAGUGGCUGUCACCACCACUCGCAGGGGAAAAGGCGUCUUUUCCAUGAAAGGGGGGUCCAGAUCUACUGUUGGUGGGUCAUCUUCAUCAGGCUCCAAAUUGAAAUCAGAUGAGCUACAGACAAUCAAGAAAGAAUUAACCCAGAUCAAAACUAAAAUUGACUCCUUGCUAGGGCGCCUGGAGAAGAUUGAGAAGCAGCAGAAGGCAGAGGCAGAAGCUCAGAAGAAGCAAUUGGAGGAGAGUAUAGAGCUGAUCCAAGACGAGUGUGUGUCAGAGAAUGCAGACCACUCCACAGAGGAGCCUGCUGAAGGAGGGCAAGAAGCGGAUGGAGGAGAAAUGACUGAUGGGGUAGAGGAGGACUUCGAUGAAGAUGGGGGUCACGAGCUGUUUCUACAGAUAAAGUGAUCUGAAGUUGUAUGCAAUGUUGUAAAAGAAGAAAAGGAAACUGUGACAUGUGGAGAAAUGUGAAAGGUGGUUUCGUUCUGAACAGCAGCACCUCCAAUUCAAUUUAUAUAAAGUCCCAGUCAUAUGGACAGUAUUGUUCACUUUUAGACAUGCCAUUUCUUCUGUGUUACAAGCUGUACAAUGGUUGUUUUAUGGUUUACAUUGUAAAUGUGUUUCCCCUCUUGCUAUUUAUGUUUUUUAAGUCUUAAAGUGUGAAGGACAUUAACGGAUGGUGAGAGAGACCCUGUAUACAAAUGUAUAUUUGUAAAAGCUAUUUUUAUGAUUAGCAUGUGUCAUUGUUGAUCACAUAGUCAUGUGGUAUUGCAAUCCAACAUUUAAAGCUUGUUUCCAACAAUGUCAUACGGAGAAUAUACAUUGUAUGCUAGUUUUUAUAAUUUAUUUUCAAUUUAUAGUCUAAAGCACCUUAGACCAUGUGGAAAACUAUUUGAAAAAGCUAUAUUUCUGCCCUCUAUAAGCACCAUUUUAUUAAUAAAAGAAUGCAGUUAUUUCAGAAGUGAUGCAACCAUUUAAGGUCUUUGGUUUGACAUGUGAGCAUGCUUGGCACUAGUAAGCUGAAAUGAUCCAAUCAUCACCUAUUACUUGAGACUGAUUGUGAGAUUCUGUGGACAGUUUUCAGCACUUGAGCAGAUGAGAAGCAGAUUAAUAAGGAAAAGAUUGUCUUGUCCUGGGAUCCAAAAGUUUCAGUUAGUGCACACACCCCUCCAUCUCAUCUCCUAGUCCUCAGAAUCCUUCAUUCCCAAGCAUUGUAUUUUCCGAAUACUCUUGGCUAUUGUCUUGUGCAGUGGAAAUGGGAGAGACCAUCUCCACUGGCUGUAGGCACAUUCAGCACAUAAUUUCUUAAUAAAUACUGGUUCUUUUAAAACACA